AUGCUUUCUCGUAUGAGCGUUCGAACGCAUACUCACAAUGAGGUUCUUACAAAGAAUGAUUCUGUAAAUAUGCUAAAGAAUAUAGUUAAAUUAGGAAUUAGUUUAGUUACGUAUUUAAGAAACUUAUUUGAAGAAAAUGCAUAUGAAGAAGUAUGUAUUAAUGAAUUAAAAUUAAAAAGACUUCUACCUAUAAAUCCACAAGCACAUAUGAUUAUAAACUGGUUAGAAAAAGGUGUUUUUGAAGCUAUUGAAAAAGAAUAUUUAAGAAUAUUAAUAUUAGAUAUAAAUGAUAUAUAUGAUAAUACAAUCGAAUGUUAUAAAUUUACUUUCUCAUAUAAUAAUAAAAAUGGAGAUGAAAUAGAUAUCACUCUAGAGAAAUCAAACCAAUCUUCAUAUGAAAAUAAAAAAAAAAUUGUAUAUAAUGAUGUAAACAAAAAUUUUGUUAAUAAUAUAUAUAAUGAUAAUUAUAUCAAGAAGAAUAAUUAUGAACAUACAACAAAUGAAUUAUCUAAUAAUAAAAUUGGUGAUUAUAAUAAGGUAAAUGAAAAUAAAAAACAAAAUGAAGGUCAAAUGGUAGGUCAAAUGGUAGGUCAAAUGGGAGGUCAAAAAGUAGAUCAUAUGGUAGAUCAAAAUGUAGAUCAAAUGGUAAAUCAUAAUAUAUGUAAUAAUAUUUCUUCACAAAUAAAUUUGAAUGAAAUCCAAAAGAAUUACACAAAUGAAUAUCCAUGUCAUAAAAACGACACACUAAACUGUAACAAUAUAUCUCAUCCUCAAAAUAAUAGUUUUAUGAAUUCACAGAAUUAUAAACAUAUCAAUAAUUAUUGUGUAAAUAAUCUUGAUGAUAAUAAAAAGUCCUAUUUAAAUUAUAAUCGCCUCAAAAGUAUAAAAGAAAGAUUAUUUAAUAAAAAUAAUAAAGAAAAAAAAAAAAAAAUUAAUAAUUUAUUUUUUAAAAAACAAGCAAAAGAUAAAACAUAUGAAUUGUUAAGAUCUUUAGUUUUACUUACACAAACAUUAGAACCCUUACCAGAGAGGACAUACUUAUCUAUGAAAUUAUUAUAUUAUGAUGAAAUCGUUCCAUAUAAUUAUCAGCCUCCAUAUUUUAAAAACCCAGAUAAUAAUGACUUAUUAAAAUUUAUAGAUAUACCUAAUGAAGAUUAUAUAGGAAAAAUAAACACAGGUCAUCACUUCCUUUCUAUUAUUGUGAAUUCAACUACCAAUAAUUUUAUAAAUAAAAAUAUAGAAAUGUAUAAUAAAGGUUAUUUUGAGAAACAUACUCAUCACUUGAAGAAACUAGAAAGGAAAGAAAUGUGUAAAGGAAUACCUCACAUAGAAGGAAAGGGACCUGAGGUUUACCCAUUAACAAAUGAUGAUAAUGAUGAUAAUGACGAGUAUGAUGAAUAUGAUGAUGAGUAUGAUGAUGAAUAUGAUGAUGAAUGUGACAAUUUAUAUGAUGAUGAUGAUGAUGAUUAUCAUGAAGAAUGUGUUCAAUGUGUUGAACGAGAAAAAUCUCAUAAAUAUAACAAUUUUGAUCGACAAGAAGAUAAAUAUAUAGAAAAACAUUAUAAUGACGAAUAUAAUUGUGAUAAUCAAAAUAUUUAUAAUAAUUAUCAUCAAGAUAGUUACUCUGAUGACUAUUAUUAUGAUGAUGAUUAUUAUGAUGAUGAUGAUUAUUAUGAUAAUAAUGAUGAUUAUUAUUAUGAUGAUGAUUAUUAUUAUGAUGAUGAUUAUUAUGAUGACGAUGAUCAUUAUGAUAACGAUGACCAUUAUGAUAACGAUGAUCAUUAUGAUGAUACAUUGAAUAACCCCAAUAUAUAUUAUCCUUUAAAUGAACAUAAAAUGAAUAGCCAUUUUGACUCAGCAUAUUCAUUAAACAAACAAAGAAGAAGAAAAAGAAAAACAAGACAACCGAGAAGAAGGAUAAAUCAAAAUUUAAAUACAAACAUGAACCUUAUUGGAAGUAUAAAUCCAGAUGCUAUGCAAAAUGCAAAUAUAAAUAUUAAUGAUCACAUAGAUGAAGAAAGUGUCAGACAGAUGAGAAGAGGAAGAAGAAGACGACGAAGAAGAAGACGAAGAAGAAGAAGAGAAAAUGAAGUGAGUACAAGAAGUAUUUCAAAAAUAAGAACGUCAUCAAAAACAAAAAAUAAAAUUAUCACUAGAACAAGGAGACGAGAAAAUACAAAUACAUUAUUAAAUGAUAAAGAACAUAUGAGUAUUCAAAAAGAUGUAAAUAUUAAAGAACAUAUAAGUGUUAAAGAAGAUAUGACUACACGACUAAGGUCUAGAACAAGAUUAAGAAUAAGAGGAAGAACAGCAAGUCUUAGUAGUAAUGAUGUUAGUAAUAAAAAUAUAUUAACAGAUAGAAAUAAAAUUAUUUCAUAUAACCCAAAUAAAAAUUACUAUGAAAUAUUCAACACAACAAAUAAUGCUACAUAUAUAAAUAAUCUUCAACCUAAUAAAAUGAUAAAUGAAAAUAUUAAAGACAGUAAAUAUAUGCAUAAUGCUAAUACGAAUAUUACAAAUAAUAAUGAAAAAAAUGGAAUUAUUACUUCAAAGAGGAAUAUAGAAAAUAUUCAAAAUGUUAUGAUGUCCAAUCAUAUAAAUAAUAAUAAUAAUAAUAAUAAUAAUAAUAUGGAUGAUGGUGAUAACAACAACAACAAUAAUAAUAAUAAUAAUAAUAAUAACCUUAUUGUUAAUCACAUAGAUAUUUAUAAUAAUAGCUAUAUAAAUAAUGAAGAUGAUCAUGUACAUCCUAAUAAAUCCUCUUAUAAAAAUCAUCAAAUUAUAGAUAAAAUGAUUAAUGCAAAAAAACAAAGAAGAAUAAAAUUGUUAAACAAAAUUAAGAUGUAUAUUACAAGAUAUAAAAUUUUAAGUAAGAUAAAAAUUAAAAAUAAAUUCCCAAGUGUAUCACAAUAUGAAAUAGAUAAAAUAUUAGAUGAACUAUUACAGGAUAAUAUUAUUACAACAAAUGAAAAUAGUGUUUUUAAAUUUGUUGAUAAAAAUGAAGAUAUUGAAGAACCUAUUAUAAAUAUAAAUACAUAUGACCAAGACAAAAUCGAUCAUGAGAUAAAUGAAAAUAUGGAAGAACAAAAAUUAAUUAUAAUAAAUAAUGACAAUAUGUUAAAUAAUAUACAACAUCAAGAUGAUGUAAACUGUAUUUAUAAUAAUAAUAUUUAUCAGCAGCAUAAAGAAGAAACAGAAGAAGAACAAAAAGAAGAAGAACAAAAAGAAGAAGAAGAAGAACAAGAAGAAGAACAACAACAACAACCACUACAACAACAAGAAGAACAACCACAACAACAUAAAGAAGAAGAACUAUUUGCUACUAAUAAUGAUGAACAAAUUAAUAAUGAUAUAAAAAAACUAUACAAUGAUGUUUAUAAUAUGUGUGUUAAAACAAAAUAUGUUAAUAAAGAUAUUAUUACUAAAGGACUAGGUAUAUACCCUUUACUUGCAAAACCAUUACUACAUAGACUUAUUAAUGAAAAUGUAAUUCAAGAUAAAUUUAUAAAAAAUAAAGGAUAUGAAAGUAAUAUAUAUAUACCCAUUCAAAAUAAAUUUAAUAAAAAGGAUAAUAAAGACGUAGUAAAGUGUGAUAUUAUGUCUACUACAAAUUCGACCAACGACGAAGAGGAUAAUGAAAAAAAAAAUAAAACAAAUAAAUAA